AUGCUCGUUGCCUACUCCCGUCACGUGAUAAUGCUAACACGUGCCUAUUUCCUCGCUCUCCUGAUCACCAUUCUUUCAAAAAUAAAUUUGGGCCUUACCAUGUUUUCUUAUCACCCUCCAGCCAUGGUCGCCGGUGCCUGGAUUUUUUACGAAGCGGCGGUGUUCAAGAAGUCGAGAUUGAGGAUCGAUUUGUACUUGAAGAAUACUAUCCAUGGGUUUAUAGCGCUCGUUGCUUUGGCCGCUGCGUGUUUUGGUUAUUGGGCGAUUUACGAGAACAAAGAACUCAUUGGAAAAGAUCACUUCACUUCGUACCACGGUCAAGUCGGCAUCGCCGCUCUUGCAAUGAUCUUCGCCAAUCAACUUCUUGGAGCUGCGGCACACUAUUUGAAAAUUUCUGCCGCGCGCAAGGCGCAUAGAAUACUAAAAAUGACCGGACUUAUCUACGAGGGUGCGAAGAAAGAAAUCGACGUCGAUGGAGCGAGGUUAAAAUAUUUCGAUGUUUCAUCCGUCAUCCCUCAAGACAAAUUCGAGCGUCUUCCGUUUUCCAUCCGUGUCUUGCUCGAGUCUGCCGUCCGAAAUUGUGACAACUUCCAGGUCUCGGAGGACGAUGUCAAGAACAUCGUCAACUGGGAGGAGAACCAGGGCAAAGAUGUUGAGAUUCGAUUCCGUCCCGCUCGAGUCAUUCUCCAAGAUUUCACAGGUGUCCCCGCCGUCGUCGAUUUCGCAGCAAUGAGAGACGCCGUCGCCCGACUUGGUGGUGAUCCAAAGAAAAUCAACCCAAUUUGCCCGGUUGACCUCGUCAUCGAUCACUCUGUCCAGGUCGACGUUGCUGGAUCAAAAGAAGCGCUGAAGAAGAACCAGGAGCUGGAAUUUGAGAGAAAUCGAGAACGAUUCCAGUUUUUAAAAUGGGGCUCCGACGCGUUCGAGGGGCUAGAGAUUAUCCCGCCUGGAUCUGGCAUUGUCCACCAAGUAAAUCUCGAGUACCUCGCCCGAGUUGUCUUCAACAGAGAUUCAACGCUCUUCCCUGACAGUCUCGUCGGAACAGAUUCUCACACGACAAUGAUCAACGGACUCGGCGUCCUCGGCUGGGGAGUCGGUGGAAUCGAAGCAGAAGCCGUCAUGCUUGCUCAGCCUAUUUCGAUGGUUCUUCCCGAAGUCAUUGGCUACAAGAUCAGCGGUGAAAUUCCAGAUCUCGCUACAUCCACCGACGUCGUUCUGACUAUCACCAAGAAUUUACGUGCAGUCGGUGUUGUCGGCAAAUUCGUCGAGUUCUUCGGACCUGGAGUCGCCCAGCUCUCUAUUGCUGAUCGAGCCACGAUCUCGAACAUGUGCCCUGAAUACGGAGCCACUGUCGGUUUCUUCCCAGUUGAUGAGGUUUCCCUGGAAUAUCUCCGACAAACCGGCCGAACCCCCGAGAACGUGAAGCAAAUCGAAGAGUAUUUGAAGAUCUCCAGUAUGUUCCGAAAUUACAGCGAUGCCUCAACAGAUCCAGUUUAUUCAAAAGUCUACGAGCUUGACCUUUCGACUGUUGUUUCUUCCCUCUCUGGGCCAAAGCGCCCUCAUGAUCGAGUUUCCGUCACCGAUAUGAAAAACGACUUCUUGCAAUGCCUCACGAAUCCUGUUGGUUUCAAAGGAUUCAACAUUCCCUCGGACCAGUUGAGUAAAACCGUACCAUUCUUGUACGAAGGACAAGAAUACACGCUCAAGCAGGGCUCUGUCGUCAUCUCUGCCAUCACUUCCUGUACCAAUACUUCCAAUCCUACCGUCAUGCUCGGCGCUGGUCUCCUCGCGAAGAAUGCCAUUGAAAAGGGAUUGAAAGUGGCACCAUACAUUAAAACAUCGCUCUCUCCUGGGUCGGGUGUCGUUUCUUAUUACUUGGAGUCGUCUGGAGUAAUUCCUUACCUUGAGCAGCUUGGCUACGGUAUCGUUGGUUACGGGUGCAUGACAUGCAUUGGUAACUCUGGACCAUUGGCUGAAGAGGUCACAAAGGUCAUUGAAGAAAACGAUUUGGUUGUUGCUGGCGUUCUUUCAGGAAACCGUAACUUCGAGGGUCGAAUCCACCCACACACGCGCGCCAAUUACCUGGCUUCACCUUUGCUCGUGAUUGCAUACGCUUUGGCAGGCCGCGUCGACAUCGAUUUCGAGACCGAGCCUUUGGCUCAGGACGGUGAUGGAAACGAUGUUUUCCUCCGUGACAUUUGGCCCAAGCGAAGUGACAUUCAGGCAGUUGAACGCGCCCAUGUCAUCCCAGAAAUGUUCAGAAAGGCGUACAGCUCCGUCAAGACCGGAAACGAAGCUUGGAACCGGCUCGAGGUCGAUGCCGGCGUGCAGUACAAAUGGGACGCUGAAUCGACAUAUAUUCAAUCGCCACCAUUUUUCGAAACAAUGACCCGUGACUUACCCCCAAUCUCCAACAUCACCAACGCUCGAGCUCUUCUCAAUCUUGGCGACUCUGUGACGACCGAUCAUAUCUCGCCCGCAGGCGCGAUUUCGAGAACUUCGCCGGCGGCUAAGUACCUUGCUGAACGUGGGCUCAAGCCAAGAGACUACAACAGCUAUGGAAGUCGCCGAGGAAACGACAGAAUCAUGGCACGAGGAACUUUUGCCAACAUUCGACUUGUCAACAAAUUCGUCGAGAAAGCCGGUCCAUUUACCGUUCAUUUCCCGUCUGAGGAGAAACUGCCAAUUUUCGACGCUGCGAUGAGAUACAAGCAGGAAAACGUUACUGCGAUUAUUCUUGCUGGUAAAGAAUAUGGAUCUGGGUCGUCACGUGAUUGGGCUGCCAAGGGUCCUUGGAUGCAAGGAGUCCGGGCGGUCUUAGCAGAGAGUUAUGAACGAAUUCACAGAUCAAAUUUGGUCGGAAUGGGAAUCAUCCCACUUCAAUACAUGCCCGGUGAAAACACCGACAAAGCUGGCUUCUCUGGAAAAGAAGUUUUUACCAUCGAAAUGCCGGACAAGGUGACCCCUGGCUGUACUGCUACUGUCCGCACCGAAUGUGGCAAAUCGAUCCAAGUCUUGGUCAGAUUCGACACUGAGGUCGAACUCACCUACUUCCGACAUGGAGGCAUCCUCAAUUACAUGAUUCGAAGCAUGCUCUAA